CCUUAAGGAAGGCACGAGACACGUGGAGUGGCGAGAGAGAGAGACGAGGAGUUGAGAAAAUGUUGAUGCAAUUACUGCUAGUCCUUAAUGAUAGCGCUCUCAGUAAUUUUAGGUACACUUUCACAUCCCGCCCCGGGGACGCGGACGUUGAAAGAACAUUUAAGAAGUCACGAGCACAAGAACGGGAGAGGACAAGUUGAGGAUAAUGCAGUUCUCGUUCGGUUUUAGAUUCAAACGAGUUUGCAAGACCGUGUACGUUUUCGUCCAGAUCCGUUUCGUUCGUAUUCUGACUCAUUGAUUAUGAUUUGUCAGGCAGCCUAUUGUGGCCGGCUGAGUUAUUCUUGACUUCCCCCUCUCCCAUGCAAGUCCUUUUUACCUUUGACGACUUUCAAAAUUUUAGUGUUAGUUUGUUCCCUGAACGUUUUUAGCUAACUAUUUAUGUCCUGAUUCUGUUAAGUGUCCAGCUCUAGUGAACGAGUUUCAAUGUCAAUCUUGACUUCUUUUGGUUUCCCUCUUGUGACUUCUUUGGAAUCCUUGUUCGUCUGUGGAUUCUUUCCGAGGAGAAGUCUGUUUACAACGAGAAGAUAUAAGUAACAAGAUUCUUAUUCGUAAUACUAAUAAAUAGUAGUUGAUUCAGCUGUAUUUUUGCACCUCUGACAUCCAAAAAGAGCAGCAUGGCGCUUUCGAAGAUGGUGAUGCCGCGCAUGGCGGUGCAACAGGCACUGCGCGCGCCAGCGAUGCAGCAGCAGCAGCGCGAAUUCCUGGCCGUUUCCGGAGCAGCGCGGAAGGCUGGCGAUUGGAUGCCGGGAAAAAUGCAUCAGGACACAGACCUCGUCCAUGCAGCCAUCACACCUGAACCCGCAACUGGCGCCAUCAUCACACCUGUUUACCAGAGCACCACGUUUGUGCAGGAGAGCGUCGCAAAGUAUUGAUUUUCAGUUUUCUUUUUCUUGGCUACUAGGUCGUAAGUAGGCAAUACGCAGUUCCAGUGUCACGCAUAGAUACUUCAAGUUAAGAUAGAGAAAUUGUUUGAUAGAACACAACCCCUUCGUCAGGUUGAACUUGAAUGCAGAUGACAUAACAUGAUUUGCCUUCAUCAGGUACCUCGCAAAGGGGUACUCCUACUCCCGCACGAACAACCCGACCGUGAAAACCUUGGAGGACAAAGUUGCGGCUAUUGAAGGUGGUGUUGGUGCGGUUGUGACUGGAACAGGCAUGGCUGCGACGACCAUCGUUAUGUCGACCUUCUUGCAGAAGGGUAUGAAUUUUUACAAAUAUUCACAGGCAACAUGUUUUUUGGCCUUCAGCCGUUUCGUUUUUGUUCCGGGAUUACUUAUCUUGUUAUCAACAUCUCCUGCGUAGAGGUGAUUGUGCUAUUCGUUGUACUCGUCCUGCCAUGUUAUCUAGAAGUUAUAAAAUUCGUGGUUUAUAUAUAAUUUGUUCCUGUUGUAUUUCUCUUAAGCUUCAUGUCGUCCAAUGCAGCAUCCAGGUGAUCAUUGCGUGAUUACCGAUUGCUCUUACGGUGGUACUAACCGUUUGUGCCGUGUCCAGUUCGAAAAGUACGGAAUUGAGUUUUCAUUCGUGGACUUCCGCGACAACGAGGCCGUUCGCAAGGCGAUGAAGCCGAACACCAAACUGGUGUGGUCCGAGGCACCGAGUAACCCGGUGCUCGGUCUCGUGGACCUCGAGGAGGUUUCGAAAAUUGCCCAUGAGGGUGGCGCCAUUCACUGCUGUGAUGCGACGUUCGCCACACCGGUUAUGCUCAAGCCGCUUGACUGGGGAUGCGAUCUCACCAUGCAGUCGCUCACCAAAUUCUACGACGGACACAACAUCGGUAUUGAAUGUCAAUAAGAUUCAUCUAUAAUAGAUACUUGCUGAUGUCCUAUGGAUUCGCUCACAUUCAUUAUCGAUUUUUGAGUGUUUACGCUUCUGCAUGUCAUCUAAAAUGUUGAACAACAUCAAGAUCAAUGUUCUUUAUCGAAAGCUGCUUCGCUUUACUUCGUUUCUACUUUUUACAUGACUGACCUCGAAGGUACUGGUGGAGCGGUCAUCGCUAAGACACCGGAAUUGUUGGACCAGAUCAAGUUGUGUCAAAACAUGCAUGGGAACAUUAUGGCGCCACAGAUUGCAUUCAGCAUCUUGCAGACGAUGAAGUCGAUGGCCCUGCGGGUAAGAAGGCAGAGUGAAACAGCCACGAAGAUCGCAAAAUGGUACCUUGCUUGUCUUCUAGAUGUUUUUUUUGUUACGAAUUUUUGGAUUUGGUGUAGGAGAACAAAAGUGUUGAAAAAUCUGGUUUCGCUCCUUUGUAGUUCCGUAGUUCCCUUUCAUAUUCAUUCCGCCGAGAAGCAGUUUUUUUCCAGAAAGCUUUACUCUUUUUCCGCCCGGCUUGUUUAGGCUCGAAACGCACCCGAAAGUGACUUCCGUCACCUACCCUGGUACGACACACCCGCAGAAAGCGCUUGCUGACAAGUAUCACGCCAAUGGCAUUCAUGGAGCUAUGCUGUGGUUCGAGACAAGCGGGGAUCCAGUAAAGCUGAUGGACGAAAUUGAGCGCCCGUGGAGCCUCUGCGAAAAUCUCGGUACUUUUUAAACUUAGAUGUAUUUAUUAGCGCUGCUAGUUGUAGAUUGCGGUUGAACUACUUACACUCAGUUGAAAUAAAAGUGAUCAUUUUUUCCCGGAAAAGCGAAUAGCUUCCCCCAAAGAUUACAUCAACUUUACAACCCAAUCGAUCCCCAUUGCUCCAACUACUGAUCAGGUGCGACCGAGAGUAUUAUCACCGCGUGUGCGGUCAUGACGCACGCAAACAUGAUCCCUGAGGAUCGCCGUAAGGUUGGUAUUACCGAUGGUUUUAUUCGGGUCUCUUGCGGCAUCGAGGAGGCCGACGAUUUGAUCAAGGCACUCCAGCGCGCGCUGGACAAAUGCUAGAUUUUGAGACAUCUAUUUUGCCACACCACUGAUGAUUUCUAGUGGUCACACAAAAUCAUCUAGUACGCCAACCAGUCAAAUUCAAUCUACUGUUUACAGCGAAAAAAUUUGGAACGAACAUCUCGUGCAGUAAAAAUCCGAAUUCUACAUUCAAGAAUAGCCAAAAUAACUGACUUUGUGUAAAGAUUUUUUUUUAAAUGUAGUUAAUGAGGUGGAAGGAGCUCGACGGCAGUCUCAGUUCUCGUUUCUGCGGUCACUGCGAGUGUAUAGAGUAUCAACUUCGAUUCAUCUUGAAGACUCUCAGCAAUCGCGAAGAAACACUGUGUCGCUUAGACGUUGUUUUUGUGCAUAGUUUUUAGCCUCCUCAUCGAAAUUGUAACAAAUGCACCUCGACGAUCACAUAUUACCGAAGAUACUUAAUAUUCCAGUACCUGUUCCUGUUCCUGCAAAAAGAAUCCAUUGCCAUAUUUCCGUCAGCGGCAUGUCCGAUCAUGAAAUGAGUUUGCUGCUAUUGUAGAAAAGGUUCUUUUGAUAUAGCGUUAUUGCACAGACUCCUGAUACCUAAAAAUGCUGUCUCUCUCACCAGCUACAUGCUGGUUGUUGAAUUUCAGAAAUGCAAUUAUUAAUAAGAUAUCAUACUGAUAGAUCUGUCAAUUUUUGUCGAGUGUUGCGCUUCCACUUCUAACAGGACGGUGAGUUCCAUGUUACUCAUCAUUUUGUGCAUGCAGUUGAGUUUUUCUCCUCAUAAUUCGUCUCACUUUAUUUUCUAUCAGAACAAACAUAUUUUCGCUACUGUACGAGGUACUGCCUCUCUCUAGGAGGCUCCCGAAGAGUGCGGCUCACGCGACUGUACCAAGUCGUGUGUGUCUUGUUGCACGUGAAAAUGUAACUUCUAGGGAAACAGAAACUUUUCCGAAAAUUUGGAGAAACAUGUCUCUGUUCGGAUACCUAGAAGCUGUAACUACGCAAGUUUUUCAGAUACUAACUAUAGGAAGAAAUAUGUCUGGGAGACGAGCGGAGGUCAUGCUCUCGUAU